AUGCCGCGGAGGCCGCAAGGUAGGGCCCGCAAAGGCAGCGAGGGCCGUAAAGGCAAAGGCCGCCAAGGGCGCAUCGGCACAGGCCGCGAGGGCCGCAAAGGCCACACGGGCCGAAAAGGUCACACGGGCUGCAAAGGCCACCAGGGACGCAAGGGGCCUCAAAGGCCACCCGGGCCGCAAGAACCGCAAAGGCUGCAAGGCCACGAGGGCCGCACAGGCCACCAGGGCCGCAAAGGCCACCAGGAUCGCAAGGGGCCACAAAGGCCACCAGGGCCGCAAGGGUCCGCAAAGGGCACCAGGGCUGCAAAGCCACGAGGGCCGCAAAGGCCAACAGGGCCGCAAAGGCCACCAGGGCCGCAAAGUCCGCGAGGGUCACAAAGGCCACCCGGGCAACAAAGGCCAGAAGGGCCGCCCGCGCCGCAAAGGCCACCAAGGCCGCGAAGGGGCCGCAAAGGCAGCAACUAG